CCGCAUCAAAAAGGAUAUCGAGAUUGUGGAAGUUUUAGUUUCAAGAUGGUGGAUGGCGUCUCGAUCGUAAUUGCAGUCGUCUCCCUGAUAGGAUCCCUCGUCGCCGCAGCGUUCACGGGCUGGGUGACAUGGUUUAUCGACGAAGUGCGACGGCGGGCUGACGCCAAAAAGCUUGUCGCCAAAUAUCACGACCCUCUUCUUCUGGCCUCUCUCGACCUCCAGUCCAGACUCUUCAACAUGACACAACAGAAUCUCCUGGCUCACGUCGAGGACGAAGAGAAAAAAGACCUAAUCUAUGUGUAUACCGCAAUUUUGUUCGGCCAGUUUCUCUCCUGGACGUACAUCCUGAGAAGGGAAGCGCAAUUUCUCAGAUUUUCCACGCAAAAAACCAAUCGUGAAAUGGCUAGAACACUUGAAGCCAUUUCUUAUGUCCUCUAUACCGAUAAGAAUCCCGACGAAGCUCCGUUCAUGCUUUGGAAAGGACAACAAAUGGCUAUCGGGGAAGUGAUGACGAGAGGCGAUGAUCAAUUGUACUGCAUUGGAUACUCAACUUUCUCGGUGGAGUACAAAACAAAGCCUGAGUUUCGACAGUGGUUCAUCCCCAUCGAGCGGGGAAUCCAAGAUCUAAUGUAUGCUGGAAAGCAUAGGGACCGAGUACCUACGUAUCGGUUGAGACGACUGCAGCAUCUGCUGAUUGACUUGAUCAUGAUUCUGGACGAGGAUGGAGAUGGAGAAGGGCGAACAAGGAGGGGUUACGUGGAUGCGGCAUCAGGGUGCGACUGCAACGGAUACUCAACCAGCAAGUCGAUGCCGCGAAGACAGGGAGCCAAAAGGCAAGUGGCGUCGCUUUGAUUUUGCACCAAGAGAAUGUUGGGGAGCAAGAAGUUAAAAUCUCGCUUGAAGUCAAAUCAGCUUGUGUCAUUAUUUUGGUUCCGCCUGUUCACAAUUAAAC